AUGGAGGCUGAUUGGGAUGAGUUAUCGCGCAUCCCGAUGCCACCGCCGAGUGUGCAUGGGCUGCCUACGAUUGCGACGACGGUGGCAUUCGAUGAUAUGAUGGAGCUUUUGUGGACGGGAAAUGAAUAUGGUAGAGUCUCGUCUUUUUACGGCCCGGAUCUGCAACGGUAUACCUCCGUUCGCGCGCACCCUGUCUCCGAAGGCAUGGUGCGGCAGAUUAUCUUUCACGAACGGGGAGUGAUAUCUCUAUCUUCAAAGAGCGUGCACAUGAUUACGCGGCGCGGCUUGACACAAUGGCAUCUGGCGCACGAGGAGAUGGUCGACCUUCGGUGUAUGAGCUUUACGGCGCAGACGAAUCGCAUUCUGGUAGCAGGGUGCCAGCACGCGAUGUUCACGAUUGAUAUCGAUAAGGGGGCUAUCGUCGACAAGUUGCAUACCGACUCGAACUAUACCCUCAUGAAAAAGAGUCGGUAUCUUUGCGCGGCCACAGACACGGGCUCCGUGAACGCGCUUAGUAUGACGGAUUUCAAGGUCGUCAAAUCGUGGAAGGCACACGGUACCGCUGUCAAUGAUAUGGACGCGCGAAACGACUUGCUGGUCACUUGUGGAUUUUCGGUCCGUCACCUUGGGUCUCCGAUUGUCGAUCCGUUGGCGAACGUGUAUGACUUGAAGACGCUGUCACCGCUGCCACCUAUUCCUUUCCAUGCGGGUGCGGCAUAUGUGCGGAUGCAUCCGAAGCUACACACGACCAGUUUUGUGGCCUCGCAGACUGGGCAGCUCCAGGUGGUGGAUCUGAUGAAUCCCAAUGCGAUCAACCUACGACAAGCAAAUGUGUCCUUCAUGCUGGGUCUUGAUCUUUCUCCUUCGGGUGAGGCCCUUGCCAUCAAUGAUGCUGAAUGUUCCAUUCAUCUGUGGGGGUCGCCUAACAAGGUUCACUUCAACGAAAUGAGCAAGGAGAUUGAAUUCGCCGAUGUACCUACCCGACCACCUCCCAUCGACUGGUCUCCCGACACCCCCCUGAAUAUGGUCGGACUGCCUUACUAUCACGACCGCCUCUUCUCAGCAUGGCCUAGCCAUCUCGUCUUCGAAGUUGGUAGCCCGCCACCUCAAUUGGACCAGUCUCUACUCCCAUAUCUGCGCCCAGCGGAAGUAGGGCAUGGCGCGCCCAAUCCCCGGAAAACUCGUCGGUAUCAGUUCGAGAAUACCCGUGCACUAGCCAACGCCGAGCCCGCUCUUAUUGCACCCAAGUUCCUGAGCGAGAAGGCUCGGGAUCAAAGCAAGUCGGACUUGAAGGGCUCCGUUAGUGACACGGCCGAGGCAUUGGCGGGCGCAAAGAUCAAUGGCGAGAGUGAAGAUGAUCCACUCCUCAAAUACAGCAACGUUGAGAUCAAAUACAGUCGAUUCGGUGUGGACGAUUUCGACUUCCGAUUCUAUAACCAGACCACCUUCUCUGGCCUGGAAACUCACAUCGCGAACUCCUUCACAAACUCUCUCCUCCAACUUUUCAAGUUCAUUCCUCUUUUCCGGAAUCUUGCCCUAACCCAUGCCGCUGGCUCCUGCAUCUUCGAACACUGCCUCCUCUGCGAAUUGGGUUAUCUUUUCGACAUGUUGGAGAAAGCCAAUGGCCAGAAUUGCCAGGCAACCAACUUGUUGAAAACAUUCAGCAGUUUCCGCGAGGCUUCCAACCUGGGCCUGCUGGAGGAAAACCUUACGAACAAAUCCCUUUCGACCGCGAUUCAAGCCGUGAAUCGCUUCUUCCUGACGCAGAUUGCUCACGAUUUCCGCAUGAUCCAGCCCAGCUCUGAAGAGCUGGACCAGCGCCUUGCGACUAUUGCGUCGGAGUCUAUUCGGUGCAUGUUUUGCCAGAAUGAGACCGUACGCCCGGGCAACUCUCUCGCGAAUGAGCUCCUGUAUCCAAACUUGGAUAUCAAACAUGCGCGGCGUAACCCGGCAUUCCGAUUUUCUAGUAUUCUGCGCGCGAGUAUUGAGCGUGAAACCCAGAACCGAGGAUGGUGCAACUACUGCCGCCGCUACCAGCAAGUCAUGAUUCGGAAGACGGUUCAUCGGAUGCCUCUAAUCCUUGUGCUCAAUGCGGCGUUGACGAAUCCUAUCUGUCGUCGUCUGUGGUCCAUUCCUGGGUGGCUGCCGGACGCUGUUGGCGUUGUUAUUGACAAUGGACAAGUGAUGUGUUUCGAGGGCGAUGAGCUUCGGGCUUGUGAGCAGAGUAACACGCCAGGGCUUGUGGUCUACGACUUGGUGGGUCUGGUGUCGGAAAUUGAUAUUCCAGAGCACCAGAAACCGCACCUGGUGUCGUUUAUCAAUGUUUCCAUUUCAGAGCCGGAAAGCCAGGAACCGAAGGAUAAGUGGCACCUGUUUAAUGAUUUCUUGGUGACCGAGGUGGAUCGUGAUGAAGCCCUUCGCUUUACGCAACCUUGGAAGCAGCCUUGUGUGCUGGCUUUCCAAGUAAGGAGCGCACGUCAUGGCGUUGAUGACUCUUGGAAGAGCUGCUUAGAUACCACUCUGUUGUUCCGCGAGUGGUCUUUGAAUGGUGGCCACCAAGUCGAGUCCUGUCGCACAUUGACCGAGGAAGAGAAACCGCAAACCGGCACACCGGUGGCCCUCGAUACCGAAUUCGUCGACCUUGAAAAAGCCGAGAUCGAUGUCAAGGCGGACGGAUCUCAAGAGAUCGUGCGUCCUAACAAGAGUGGCCUCGCCCGAGUUUCGGUCUUGCGGGCCGCAGGUGUGGAUGAGGGCGUGCCUUUCAUCGACGACUACAUCACCAUCCGUGAGCCCAUCGUUGACUAUGUCACUCAAUACUCCGGUAUCAAGCCCGGCGAUCUCGACCCGCGGACCAGUGAACAUAAUCUUGUUCCUCUCAAGGUAGCAUACAAGAAGCUCUGGCUUCUGUUGAACCUGGGAUGUAUCUUUGUCGGCCACGGCUUGGCCUCUGACUUCCGCAAGAUCAACAUUCAAGUACCCAAGUCGCAGACCGUCGACACACAAUACCUCUUCUUCUAUCCCAGCAAGAACCGUCGUCUCAGUCUACGGUACCUCGCAUGGGCGGUUUUCAAGGAGUACAUCCAAGAGGAACCAACCUCCGACGUGAUUCACGGUCACGACUCUAUUGAAGACGCUCGCAUGGCCAUGCGUCUAUGGAAAAAAUUCCAAGAAUACGAAGACGCUGGAAUCGUCGCCCACAUGCUCGAGGAGAUCUUCCGCGAAGGAUCUAAACAUGGCUUCCGACCCCCUCCUAAGAACGGUGGCGGUAGUACGGCGGCUGUGCUCUCGCGCCCUGGCACAGCUGUCGCGCUGUCGAACAACAGUGGUCGCAACACACCCAGUACCCCCGACGCUGCUGGAGCAUCCGCUGUAUCGGCAGCGACAUCUGCACCUGUGAAUACGGCUACCCCAGCGGCCCGCCCAACCAGUGCUCCUACUACACCACGCCAGGCUUUCCGGCGGUCGAUUGCCCUGACCCCUAGCAAUGGCAGUUUCUCUGGCCCCGGUGCCGGUGACUUUUUCGGGGGCAGUCCACUGCGAUGA